GAAAUUAUUUACUGGAAAAGGAUAUUGUAAUAUCAAAAGAUAUGUGUUUCUUGUAGAACAAUUAGAAAAUAAGAAUAUUUUAUAUGAAUUUGUUGAAUAUUAUGAUUUAAUAAAGGAUAAAUUGACUACUUCAGAGAAUACUGAAAGAGAUAAGUACUGCAAAUAUAUGAAGGAAAUAAAUCAUUUUAUAGCAAAAUGUUCUAAAAACAUUGAUGAUUUAAAUUACAUAAUUAGUAAAUGCCCUCGGAAACGUCUAAAUUAUAUAUUUACCCAUAAAUAUAAAAUAUUUUGUCGAUCACAGCAAGGACAAAUUAUAGUAGAUUUGAGUGAUGCAGCUGAAUCAUGCAAUACUGAAAAUAACUUUAUCCCACAUUACAGUUUAAAAGAAAACGACUUUAUUCCAAAUGAUUCGAAUUUAGAGAAAGCAUAUAAUGAAUUAGAUGAAGAUGAUACAAAUACUUAUUACAAACCAUACUGA